AUGCAGUAUACUAGCACGUCAUGGGUUGCCUUCUACGGCAUGUGUGGCCACUUGACUGCCGGUUCAACUCUUGUUGUUUAUAAUGGAAGCCCCUUGUUCCCGGAUGCGACACAAAUGCUUCGCAUAUGUGAUAGAUUUAAGCUCACAUUCAUGGGUGUUUCUCCUCGCUUGCUCUUGGAGAUAGAAGCUUCUGGCGCAGUCCCUAAACACGAUUUCGACCUCUCGAAUCUCAAGACUGUCCAUACCACUGGUGCACCUCUCUCCCACGAGCAGUAUAGGUGGUUCUAUAGGGCAUUCCCUCCAGAUGUCCAGAUAUGCAAUAUUGCUGGUGGCACCGAGACGGGUACACAUGUCAUCGCGAUGGAUCCAUCCGGCCCCCUUCAUGCGGGCGAAAUGCAAGUUCUUGGUCUUGGAACAGAUGUGGAUAUCGUCGACCCGGAGACUGGCCAUUCCAUCGCAGAUACAGGCGAGGCUGGAGAAAUGAUAAUGAAAAAACCGUUUCCCAGUAUGCCAUGCUUUUUCUGGGGUGAUGCUGGUGGCAGAUUAUACAAAGCAGCAUACUUUGAGCGCUUUUCGAAUAUCGACGUUUGGGCACAGCAUGAUUGGCUUAGGAGGAAUCCAACAACUGGAGGCUAUGUCAUGCAUGGACGAAGUGAUGCUGUUCUCAGUAAGUCAAAAUUUCACAGAUUGUCUGAAGGCCACGGGCUGAUAGUCAUAGAUCCUUCAGGAAUACGAUUCGGUAGCGGUGAGAUAUACGCCAUUGUUGAGGCACCGCCAUUCACCGACUAUUUCAGCAACUGCCUUUGUGUCGGUCGUCGUAGACCAAAUGACACGGACGAACAGGUAUUCCUCUUUUUACUGAUGAAGCCUGGAUGCUUCUUGACUCAGACUUUCCGCGAUGAAAUCAAAACCGCAAUUCGAAAUGGGUUGUCACCAAGGCAUGUACCCAAGUUUGUGAUGUCAGUGUCUGAUAUACCCAUGACCAUCAACGGUAAACGAGUGGAAAUAGCCGUGAAGCAAAUCAUCGGUGGCAAAGAUGUAAAGGUCAGUGCCACGGUGCAAAACCCCGAGGCAUUGGAGGGGUUCAAACGUUUCCGAGCCAUAGAAAGUGAGAGCCAGGAUAGAGCUCGUUUUUAA